AUGAGCACAUCCACGACCGUCUACGUCGCUCCAAGAGCCACAAAGGUCCAUCCUUUGCUCGCAGCAUAUCUUGCAAGACUCACCGCAAGGCCACUGCAAACAAAGAUGACGACAGCGGGUGUCCUGUGCUUCUUGCAAGAGGUCUUAGCCAACCAUAUUGCGGGCGUACCCUUCCACUGCUCGAAAGACGCCCCGGUCUACAAACGAGCACUCGCCGCCGCCAAGGUUAACGCAAAGGCACUCAAUAUGGCCCUCUAUGGCUUCUUCAUCUCCGCACCCAUGAACCAUGUCUUGAUAGGCGGUCUCCACAAGUUGUUUGCCGGUCGCACCAGUGGCAAGGCCAAACUCUUGCAGUUGCUCGUCAGCAACUUGUUCAUCGCUCCAGUACAAGCUUCUGUGUACCUCGCUUCCAUGGCCGUCAUCGGUGGUGCCCGGUCUGCCGAUGCGAUCCAGGCUACAGUGAUGAGAGGGUUCCUCCCAAUGCUCAAGAUUCUCUGGCUCAGUUCUCCGACCGCCACCUUGUUCGCUCAAAGUUUCCUUCCACCCGAGCUUUGGGUCCCCUUCUUUAAUGUCGUUUCCCUUGUGAUCGGAACUUUCUUCAGUGUCAAGGUCAAGAGGAUGCAGCUCUCUGCGGCGCGCAAAGCGAAAAAGCCACAGACUAAGGACGACAAGACACUCUAG